CAAGACCAUUACAAUAUAGAAUUAGAGGCAGUUUUUUUACACUCAGUGUACUCAGAGCAGUAAAUCAAAGGAAAAGUUAUCAGAAAUGGUCGGAGAGAAAAGUAGAUCUGUCUACAGGAAGAAAAGAAAGAAAUUUUUUGGGAAGGCGAAAGCAGGAAGAAGAGUCUGAAGAAACUGCUCCUGAUGUUGACGAAAUCGCCGCAUCAACUCCGAGUACUUCCCGGGAUGAAAAUCAGCUUUCCGACUCAGAUUCUGGAGAAACCGUUGGUUCCUCCAGAAAGAAAAUGAAGUAUGCCGACGAGGAGCUUCUUUUAGACAGCGCUGAUGAUGAGUAGAUUAAUAAAUGUGAAAAAUUUAUCCACUGCGGUCUCAAAUGCUCACGUAUGUGAGAAAGGCACCUUAACUUUUGAGGAAGAUAAAAGUGCAAGAGCAGGGCUGAUGUAAAUAAAUGAAUAAAUAAACUUUAAUAGCUAACACAAUUACUGGUAACCCAGUAGUUUACAUUGUGGGCUGUAGUUUACAUUGUGGGAUGUCACAGUUUUCCCUUCAGUGCAGUUCCUGUGAGGAAUCCAGUCUACUUCCAACAUCCAGUGGUGUGACCCAGCGAGAGAAAUCAUACGAAAUUAACCGCCGAGUUGUCUACCAUGCUAUAGAGAGUGGCAGCGGUUAUGAAGGCCUCGCCACAUUCUGUGGUAUAAUGAAUAUGCCCUGCCUUUCUAAGCCUGCCUACUACAAACAAGUGGACAACAUCGUGGAAGCUGUUGAGGAUGAAGCAAAGGAUGACACAAGAAAAGCUGGAGAGAGACUUUGGCAGCAGAUUUUGGAAGAAAACCCAGAGAAAGAUCUGGAUGAUACUCUGGAUGCUGUUGUAAGUUGUGAUGGCACUUGGGCCAAACAAGGGUUUACCUCAUUAACUGGAGUGGUUUUUGUGAUUUCAGUGGACACUGGGGAAGGUACAGAUGGAUGGUGAAUCCUCUUGGUGUAAAUGGAAGCAAGGUGAAGCAACGGGAACAUCUACAUACAGUAGUGAUAACUGUUUGCCAGAGGUCUUUCUUGAAGUCUUGAAACCAACAUUGAUGACUCUAAGUGACUCUAAAUUGCUAGAGAGGUGUGUGUUGGGAACAACACAAAUUCCCAAUGAGUGUGUCAACUCAAUGGUGCGGGUACGGUGUCCCAAACAUAAACACCAUGGUGCAAAAGUGGUUCGGUCUGCUGCGGCAUCAGCAGUCUGCCACUACCAUAAUGGAGCUUCCAGUAGGGUAUAAAUCAUGGAUAGGCUUUGUAUCCCUGGUGGUGUUUGUACAAGAGUGGCAACACAUGCAAAAGACAGUAAAAGAUUGGCUAAGUCCGAUUUGCAGGUUAUGCAGAAGGAAAAGAGACGGCGUCAAGGGGAGCGACUUCUGCAGACUCGUCGAGAGGAAGCCCUUCGAGAAGCCAAAGGAGUUACUUAUGAACCAGGAUGUUUUUAAAUUACUUUUAGAUACUCCUGUGGACAAAAUAUGGACACUUGGCCCACUAUAGUGGUUACAUAUUGUAAAAAAUUAAGUUUCAUUGCCAUCUGUAAGUUUAAAGGCUAUUUUCUCAUUGCGCAAAAAUUGUCUUGAAGAAAAGAUAUCUUGACAGCAAUUUAUCUGAUUGAUCUGAAAUUUUCAGCAUUUGUUCCUCUUGACAGGUUUUGUGUUAUAAGCAGAGCAAUUUUCCAUAUGAUGUACAUGCUUAAAGUUAUGAAGUGAAACACCCCUCUGAUUUCCUAUGUCAAAUUUAAUCAAUCAUCAUUUAAAAUGUUUUUAACAUAUAAGAAAUCCUUCUGCUUAUAACAAUAAGCAACAUGUCUUCUUUGAAUUGAUACUAAAAAUGUUAUUUUUUAUUAAUUCCAGAAGGAGUUAUCUUUUCUUAAGUAAGCCUUGGUAGAACCCAGCAGGUGGCACCAUUAAAUGAGUGGUAUCCCAUUACAAUUGACAUGUGGAGUGUGAAAUAUUUAUUUCAUGAUCUUCAAGUCAUAAGCUUUUUACAGGGAUGAGUUUAUUUAAUUAAUUUAAUAAUUUUACAUAUUUGUGUAUUUAUUUAUCUGCUGUUCUUUUUCUUUGCUUUCUAUUCUUAUCCUUAAGCUGUAAUGAUCUUUUCAUUUCUAAUUUGCUUUAGACUCUUAACAAAUUGUUGUUGUUGUUGUUG